AUGGAUAAGUCCUCCAGCUUCUCAUCAAGAAAUAAUAGUAGUAAUGUUGGAAAGGAGGCCCUCCCACAGGUUCUGGAGGAGGUGGAUCGUUUUCUCGACAACAACAACGCCGCCACUCCUAUGGUCAGGGAAGUAGUUCCCGAUUGUGUUCUUUUGUUAUCCAAUUUGUUGGAUUCUAUGGUGGAUAAAUACAACAUCAACAUCAACAUGGGGAGACACAUGACUAUAAGUAAGUUUGGGCAUGACCCAGAGGAUGAAAAGUCCUUUCUAGAUGCUGUGGAUCGAAUCUCCAAGCUCUGCACCACUUUGAGUUGUUCCUCUGCCUUGGACAAAACUAGCUCCGUCCUACAAAAAGCAAUGUCUUUCUUGGAGAAAGACCUCUGCGCUCUUCUGCAAGAUCCCAAACACAAACAUCAAUCCAAAACACACAACAAGUCAUCCUCCUUUGGUUCUCUUCAGGACUCCGAUUUGUGUGCCAAUAUUCAUAGCGAGUCCCCUGCCGCCUCUUUCAACGAUCAUGAUCAGAAUGAAGACUUCCCAUCUUUCUCUAAAGAAAAACUUUCCAUUUUGAACAAGAUCGCCACCGCCAUGAUCCUCUCCGGUUAUCAAACAGAGUGUUGCAUGGCUUUUGCCCAUUUCAGACGAAGCGCUUUCAAAACUGUGUUGCAAAGCUUUGGAUACGCAAAUGUAACAAUGGAAGACAUUCAUCGAAUGCAAUGGGAAUCGCUGGAAGGAGAAAUUAUGACGUGGAACAAAGUGGUUCGACAUUGCACCACGGUGCUCUUCAACGCCGAGCGAAGGCUGUAUGAAUCCGUGUUCCCGAAUCAACCCUCCAUAUCUCAGACUCUGUUCAGUGAUAUUGCACGGGCCGUCAUCAUCCAUUUUCUGACUUUCGCACAAGGUGUGGCUUUAACGAAACCAUCAGCGGAGAAACUAUUCAAGUUCCUAGAUAUGUACGAGACCCUGAGGGAAGUGGAGGUUGGCGUUAUUGAUGUGGAGGAGUUAGCAUACGAGACAGCAACAACAAAGGAUAGGAUUGUAGAGGUUGUCGUUGCCAUGUUCUCUGAUUUGGAAAACUCCAUCAAGAGUGAUAAUGAAAGGGUUCCUGUCCCCAACGGUGCUGUUCAUCCGUUGACUCGUUAUGUCAUGAAUUAUCUCAAGUAUGCAUGCGAGUAUAAAGAUACGUUGGAGCAUGUGUUUCAGCAAUGCCUUAAUGUUGAGGGAAUGAGGAUGAUUCGGACUCAGAUACUACAAAACGAAAACAUAGAGGAUGAUGGGACGCCCAAGAAUUCACCUUUUGCGGUUCAGUUAAUGACAAUCAUGAACAUUUUGGAUGCAAAUGUUGAAAAGAAGUCAAAGCUAUAUAGGGAUCCAGCUUUGCGGUAUGUUUUUCUAAUGAACAAUGGGAGAUACAUGGUGCAGAAGAUCAAAGGGUGCGCGGAGCUUCACGAAUCCAUGGGUGACAAUUGGUGCAGGAGGAGGCAAUCGGGACUGAGAUUGUACCAUAAGAAUUAUCAGAGGGAGACGUGGAGUAAGGUGCUGCGGUGCCUUAACCCGGAGGGUAGUGGGAACAAGGUUUCAAAACAGGUUCUCAAGGAGUGGUUUAAGAGCUUCAAUGCCAUGUUUGAAGAGAUACACAGGACGCAGAGUACUUGGAUGGUGAGUGACGAGCAACUUCAGUCCGAACUCAGGGUUUCAAUAUCUGCUUUGGUCAUCCCUGCCUACCGCUCCUUUCUUGGAAGAUUCAAACACCAUCUUGAAUUAGGUAGACAUGUUGACAAGUAUAUCAAGUAUCAUCCCGAGGACAUUGAGAUUUUGAUUGACGAUUUCUUUGAUGGAAAUGCUACCUCCAUGGCCCGAAGGAGAACCUGA